GCUUGCAGCUAUGGACAUACAUAUUUCGUCGCGCCUGUUAUCUGCGCCGUCUUUUGCUCUCUUCGUCAUCUUAUUCUUUCCAACUUCAACUUCACCGUCCGAUGUUUGUUAAACACCACGCAAUAUCAUUCUAAGAUAUUAGUUGUGAUUUCUUGUUGGAAUAAGAAAUACACAAUUCAAUUACCUAUCUCGCAGUCAGAUCCUGAAUUGGUGAAGUUGCUGCGACAACUGUCGCAUUCUAUAAAGAUGGCUCCGCAGAGUAUUAACCCUCCCGCUCUACCUCCUACGGUCGAAGAAGCCUAUCGACGUAAAUGUAUCCAACUGAAGGAGCGCACCAAAGAGAUAGAAGAUGAAUCCAAGGCAUAUCAGCUGCGCCUGAACCGACUCCAGCGUCAAGUCCAAAAAUUACGUCUCGAGCGCGCAUUCCUCCUUGAACAGGUCGCCAAGCGCACGAGCACCAACGUAGAGGAUUCCGAAGGCAGCCCUAGUCCUCCGCCGACUCCAAAGGACAAGCCGCUCAGAACUAAGCGUGGGCACAGGAAGCCGUCUCUGCUUCCCAUCUCCGAGCCUGGCGCCGGACCUAGCGCAACUUUCAUUAAUCAGAACUUAGCGACGCUCUCGCCGAGCUCCGACGCCUACUCGCACUCCCAGCUCGACCACGGCCGUCUUAAUGGUAUCGCCAAGCGACCCAAACGCCCUAGCAACGCCUUCGAAAUUUACUGCAACGACACCCGACCCGUUCUUCAGGCCCAGCACAAGGAAAAGAUUGCGGCGGGAGAGUUCCGUCUCGAAGAGGAGCUCGCACGCGGCUGGAAGGACUUGCCGGAAAAAGAAAAAGAGGAGUUCCAAGUCCGGUAUGAGCAAGAGUUGGCCCAAUACAAGGAGGCCGUUGAAGAGUAUAAGCGCGAAGCAAAAAACGCUGCGCGUGAGCGCUCGCGUAACAGGGAUAGAGACCACUUCGGGAGCAUCUCUAGUAGUAGACGUGGCGGUGGAGGUGGAAGUCGUUCGGCCCGCUUCGAAGAGGUCCAGGAUGAGGAAGGAGACGACGAUCAGGAUGUCGAGAUGGCGGAUCCCGGCGAGCACGAGCCUGCAGGCGACCAAGAUACGGACCCAGAGACCGAGGUUGACGAGAACGACGGCGCGGGCGACGAUUAGGGGUUUUACGGCCUUGGACCCGGACGUAUCAUCCUACGGAGGAGAACGGCUUUAGGAAGAUGAUCCGAAUAUGGGCCGGCGGGGAAGAACGAGAUCCUCCCACCGCUGGACCGUUAAAAAUUUGGCGUUACGGUAAGGGAUUUUGGCUUAGCUUUGGCUUUGAGUGUAUGAUUAGGAUUAGGUAUCAUGCUAGGCUGGGAGCCAGGAAGUUCAGAUAAUAGCAUUAAUGAAUCAGAGAAAAAGAAGGGUUAAUUUUUAUCUAUGAGGACCUUGUAAGGGUUGGUUGGUUGGUGAAAAACGUGAGCUUUUGUUUCUGUUUCGCGUUGAGGGAGUAGUAAAAUACCUAACCUGGAAUUGUGA